AUGAGUGAAGGCCAGGAAAAUAUUAAAUACUUAAUACAAAGGCCGAAGACACCAGUGGUCAAACCACCGAUGCACCGUUCAGUCUUUAACAAAUCGAUUAAGAGGGAAUUCAAAUCGAAUAGGGGUUGUCACCAAACGAUGGGCUAUGCUGAAGUUAAGCCCAAUCAACCAUCAAAGUUUUUAAAAAAACAUACCAGAAAAGUGAUAAGACCAUUUGUCGGUACAAAAAAAAACAUUACUAUUCCCGGGUCUUCAAAUGCUUUAAAUCCAGUGUAUCCCAGUCGACGGUGUCGUAAACCAGAGAGAAAAACCGAAGAAAAAACUAAAUUAAUCAAGAGAAAUUUCCUACAUGAAAACAUUGUUGAUGUGAUAAGGAAGGUGCCUCCAUUGCCUAAGCAUCGGGUGCAGGACAGUAGGAAAGGACAUACAAUGGUUUUAGAUGAGGCUGGCCUAGAGCCGACAUACGUGUCUAAGAAGAAUUUUGGCAAAACACCUUCGUACAUUAAGAAAAUAAUCAAGAACAAGGAAACGGAAAAACUUACUGAGGUCGAACGUAUACGGACGAUCAAGCCACCGUUGCGUUUUUUGCCACUAGAUGAGCGCAACAAGUUAUUAACAGGAAUGAAGGCCAAUUGGGGUGAAUUGUAUACAGAAUUUUUAUUAUUGCCGAUGGUCACAGAUUCAGUGCCAAAAAUAAAUCGCAAAGCCCGGCUCGAAAAUCAAUUAAAUAAUUUAGAAAAGGAUAUUAACAUACUGGAAAAGUACCCAUCCUUAUAUGUGUGUGAUGAUUAAUGUUUUAAAAUGUCAUGAUGUAUAUUUACUAAAAA